AGGAGGAAGUGGAGGAAGCGUGAGAAUCCGUAUAUGGCGGUACGGACUUUUUCCAUUCAAAAUGCGUUUACCGGUUUGUCGCCUCUCUUAUAAGUGUCUGGAGGGGUGUCGGUCACUACACCAUCUGAGUCAACCGUGAACGAAUUUUACCACAGCCAAAUUUAAGCGUGAAGACAGAGACCAGUAAGAGAUGAAAAUGAGGAAAAAUUAAUUUGCAGUACAAUAUCAUCAUGGGAGUGAUAUUCCAUGUGUCAGAUUGUAAUGGUGACGUCGGAUAUUAGAUCUAAAAGUCUUCUUUGUCCUGAAAAAUUAAAUAGAAAAAUCCUUAAACUUCGGGCUGUGAGAAGGUGGUCCACGCUUUUAUAUAAUUCCAGUACAUUUAACAAUCUUUAAAUUUGGCUGGAUUGCUGUACUGGCUACUCCAGCAUCUGCCAGAUAACACGAAACCUGCUUAACUUGGCUUUAUAACAUACAAUACGGAAUGGUUUGUUGCCUUGCGAAAUACGGUCGUAUCGUCUGCAGCUGUCCAAGAUGGCGGACCUUACGUGCCGUAAACCGUUUACGCUGGCGCAUGCGCGACUCACAUCUACGGUUGACUCACCGUGUGGUGACAAAGAGGACAGAAGUCAAUGCAAGUUGCAAGCUCUAAACACUUCUGAAACGAUGGGCCGUAGCGAGGAGCUCAGUGACUUUCAGCGGGGCACUGUUGUUGGAUGCCACCUGUGUAAAAAGACAGUGCGUGAGAUUUCCGCCCUGCUAAACCUACCUCGGUCCACUGUGAGCUGUGUGAUUUUAAAGUGGAAACGAGGAGGAAUAACGACGGCUCUUCCCCGGAGCGGCCGACCACACAAGCUCAAAGAGGAGGACCGUCAAGUGCUGGAGAGGGUAGCGCUGGAGACGUGUUUGUCCUCGGUGGAAGCCCUCACCACCGAGUUUCAGGCCGCCUCUGGAGCCAAUGUGAGCUCCAAGACUGUCCGCCGGGAGCUCUAUGAGAUGGGUUUCCGUGGCCGAGUGUCCGCAUACAACAAGCCAAAAGGAGGGGAAAAGGUGAAAAAGAAGCAGGCACCCCACAGCCAAGAGGAUGCCAAGGUGGACGUGUCUCAUCUGGACUUGCGUGUUGGACGUAUCAUCACAGCCCUGCAGCUUCCAGAGACUGAUAGUCUGUAUGUGGAGCAGGUCGAUGUGGGAGAGGCUUCUCCCAGGACAGUGGUCAGCGAACUGGCUAAGCACAUAUCAGUGGACCAGAUGCAGAACCGCAUGGCAGUCCUACUGUGUAACCUGAAGCCAGUCGAGAUGAGAGGAGUGGUGUCCCAGGCUAUGGUCAUGUGUGCCAGCUCCCCAGACAAAGUCGAAAUCCUUGAUCCUCCAAGUGAAGCAGUACCAGGGGACAGAGUUACUUUCCAGGGCUUCCCAGGUGAACCGGAUAAAGAGCUGAACCCCAAAACAAGGCUUUGGGAGCAGAUCCAGCCAGACCUUCGCACAGAUGGCCAGUGUGUUGCAACUUACAAGGGAGCUGCCUUUGAAGUCGUCGGCAAGGGAGUGUGCAAAUCCCAAACCAUGAGCAACAGUGAAAUCAAAUAAACUUAACAGAGCUGCUCAAAAUAGCUUAGUGCAAAUCCCUGCAGCCAAAACACUGUGGAGAGCCUUCCCAGAAAAGUCGAGGCUGAGAUGUUCAACAAUCAUCUAUUCAUACACCCUGUACAUUCAGCCACAACAUUAAAACCAAUUACCAGUUUUAAAGUUGUGGCUUAUUGGUGUAUUUGACUGUCCUCAUACUUUUGUAGUCAAAGCCAAGGAAGGUUACCCUCUGUUGGACCAAUAUGAGCAUUACUGUUACAUUGUUUUGUUUUGUUUUUUUAAAUCAUGCAAAUCUGUAGUUUUGAAUUUUGCCAAAAGAGGGCACUAGAGUACCCAUGAUAUUGUACAGCAUGUGUGUGGGGAUUUGUCGACGUGAGACAUGGGAACAUGCAGUACACAGCACACAGUCAUACUGAGCAAGGAAAAAAGAAAAGGGAAAUUCUUCAUAAGAAUCCUAUUUAGUUGGAAAGUAUCUGAUCAAAUUUAAAAGCUUUCCCAUGACACCAUAGUGGUCAUUUCCAGUGAACUGGGGAUGAAACUCAACGGUGCAGAAAUCCCAUUGAAAAAAGGGAAACUUAACAGAUUUACUUUCUUUUGACAGUAUGAAAUGAGUUCAGAAGGAAUUAAUUUACUUAUUGUAUAAGGUCAGUUCUUUGUUCUGCUAUGACAGUUCUGUGUUUCUUCAGUGUAAGCCUGACGAGUCAGCCUGUUAUGUAUCAGUAUGCAUAGCCUGUGGACAGUUUUGUUUGAAGGAUGUAUCCUACCUAAUAAAUUAUUAUGUCUGAGAUCAA